UGGGGCUCGGAACGAACGUGGAUUUCGAUGGAAGUCGCGUCAGAUUGCCUUUUGCCACCAAGAACUUGUACACGAUGAGCUGCUGCCCGCCUGGCUCCCACCCCGCUGCGCCGACGACGAGCGACCUUGCGCCCAUCAGCAUGGCCGGCACGCCCGUCUUCUUCUACGACAACCCGAGCUCGCACACGUGCGUCCUUGUCGUGCCCGACAUCUAUGGCCCCGACAGCGGUCGCACCAAGGACAACUGCCGCGCGCUCAGCGCCCACUACAAGGUCGCGCUCCUCGACGUCGUCGACGACUACUUUACGGCAGCGGACAACGUCGGCGAGAAGCUUGCGGGCUGGGUCACGGCGCGCCCGUUUAGCGCGAUCCUGCCCAAGAUCCAAGCCGCGGUCAGCACCCUCCAGUCGCAGCACGGCGUGACCAAGUUUGCGGCCAUGGGCUACUGCUGGGGCUCGUGGGUCGUCGGCAAGUACGCCGCCGACGCGUCGUCGGUGCUCACGGCUGGUGUCCACUGCCACCCGUCGUGGGUUCUCGAGCAGUUCUUCAGCGGCCCGGGCAGCGGCGAAAAGAUUGCCGAGCACAUUACGUCGCCGCAGCUCUUCCUCGCCGCGGGCAACGACCCGGACUGGGUCAAGGCCGGCGGCGCUGUGCACACGACGCUCGCUGCCAAGCCGUUUGGCGCGCGCUGCAAGUUUGUGGCGUUCGAAACCAUGGUGCACGGCUGGAUGUGCCGUGGCGACAUUUCGAACCCCGCGAUCCUCGAAGGCUUCAACGCGGGCUGGCACGGCGAGAUCGUCCCGUUCUUGGCGGCCACGCUGCAGUAAU